AUGGGUUAUGACAGUCCAGCAAGAGGUCGUGGAGGAGGUCGAGGUGGUUUCAACAGUGGAGGUUUCAAACCAAGAGGAGGUUCACCUGGCGGCGGUUUCAGAGGCCGCGGUGGUGGAGGUGGUCGUGGAUUCAACUCACCGGACAAUAGAAGAGGUGGCGGCGGUGAUCGUGGUCGAGGUUUUUCUGGAAAUAGAGGUGGUCCUGUAUCACAGAACUCUCGAGGGCGAGGAAAUUUCACUCCGCGCGGUGGUCGUGGUGGCAGUCCACACGGUGGCCGAGGUGGUUUCACUCCUCGUGGAAACCAAAGGGGUUUCACACCACGAGGUGGUCGAGGUUCGUCAGACUUCCGGGGAUCGGGAAGAGGUGCACGCGGAUCGUUCAGCGAAAAGAGGAGGGUCUUCGAGGAUGAUGAAGAAGAUGACAUCAAUAUUAGUGAGUUGAUCUUGCCUUUUUGCUUGAAUUUCUUCCGUUUUUUUGAAUAG